UGUUGCACCACUUUCCUAUUUCUACUUGAUGUGAUCACGUGACGCCACCACUGGGCGAGCAGAUCUGCCGAAAAGGAAGCGAGAAGAACAAGUACCACCAAAAAAUGGGGAUCAAACUGUACUACACAACUGUAACUCCCUCACGGACGAUCAAGUCCCAGCAGGCUGAAGUGAUGCGCAUCCUGGACAGCAAAAGCAUCCAGUACGAAUUGGUGGACAUCUCGGUGGGCGGCGAGCUGCGCGACGAGAUGCGCAGCAAAGCGGGUAACCCAGCGGCCGUCCCGCCGCAAUUUUUCAACGACGACCAAUACUGCGGGGAUUACGAAAUGUUCUCUGACGCGGUGGAGGCGGACACAGUGGACCAGUUCCUGAAACUGGCGUGAAUCACAACUAACCAUUCCUAUCACCCGUCAAGCACACUGAAGACCCCUUUGACAGCGACUUUCGUCAUAUGCCAUAAGGAAGAAUGCCAAAUAUCCUCAACAUACGUCUUUGUUUCAACAUCGAUAUUCAACCAAGCUUGUCUUAAAAUUAAUCCACAGAUCGCCAUUCUUACCCAGUCUUAAUGACGUGGACAUGGUCACCUUCCUACAUUCCCCCGUUGCUCUUAAUCAUGCUAGGCUAAACGACAAACAACAGAAAAACAUUUUUCCUUGGGGUUAUUUGCAGACAUUUUAAGUCCCAGGCCGUAGCUUGGCAAAACAUUAAUUAAAAUGGAAGUCUUAAUUUAGUUUAAGAAGCUGUUUGUUAUGUAAACUCCUAAAUCCAAAGAUUCUACUGCUUGUUUCACUAACUACUAUUCCAGUUCCGUCAUUACGCUUUCCCCAAAUUGUUUUACUUUUAUUUUUGGGCCGGACCACUUUGGAGUUUCCUUUACGUUAGAAGCUAAAACUGAAUUUGAAGAUGCACCCACCAAGUACUUUAAGCAUCCUUGCUGUUAGUUUGUCUGUCCAGACAGGCCAAAAAUGUGAAUAACAAAAUGCAUUUCAUUGGUUAGAACGUUUCAGAAUGUCUCGGGCGGUUUUGUGAUUCCCUUCCUAGUUCUAUUUGAAAUGUUAUAUUGUUGACUGAAAUGGACCAAAAAAAAGACACCACUUCUAGUGUCAUCCAUGUAGCUGGUCCUGGGUAUGACCAUUCUGGGACCUUAUGCACUGAAGCAGUUACACAGUACAAGGCUGGUGUGUUUCAAUGGACCUGUCACAUGUGGAAAUAUGUUUUCCUUUCUGCGUGCAUGUGUAUAUUGACAUUUGGUUAAUAGAGAAGUUUACCUCACAGCAGAUACAUUUCAGCAUGAUUCUAGAUCACGCAAUUUGGGACAUGGCGCAAUGACAAGCCCGUAUUGUUCACAAUGUUUGUGCACUUUUUGUAUCCCCGUAUUGCAGAUGGUUCAUAUUCCGGUCACAUUCCAUGUGAGACCUGUUUGCUUUGUUUGGACCAAUUCUCCUUGGCCAAAAUGAGAAGUAGAAGAAAAUAGGGAAUAAAAUGCUGCUAUCUUCCAAGAAGAUUGUGAUAUGUCAUAUGGGUUACAAAAUUAAAAAUAAAAUUGAAUCAAAGUUUG